CGGUUCAUCUUGUAUAGAAGAAACGGAUGAACAACCAGACCAAAUGAAUUUCUACCCAAGUGCAUAAUCUCCUGUUAACAAAAGUGAACUCUCAACCCUUGGCGACCUGCUCAAUGUCAAAUGUAGUACAACAAGUUGGUUUUACUAACUUGUAACUACCCAAUGAACAAAGGUUGAGUUUAGAAAUCGUUUUAUCGAUUUGCCUGAACUCACUUUGGUUCAACCCACUUAAGAAAGUACUUACACAGAUCAAGUUAAGUCGACUAAUAACCACCUAAUUAUCGCUCUAGUCAUGCUUCGAUUGUAUCACGUGUGCUUUUCCAGCAUGUGUGAUCAAGUCGAGCCAUGAUUAGUGCGCGAUAAAAUGGAUUGGUUGCAAAGGCAGCAUUUACAGAUCCCUCCGCUGGUGAUUUUUCAAGUCUUUAUCAUUUUUAUGGACUUGGAUUUUCUGGCUAACACGAAUUAACUGUGAUGUUAUUCGACAUUCACACCCGUCUCGUGUGCUAUAAACUUAUCGUGACCACUUGUUGGUAAACCUCCUUCUGUGUGUUACCCAAGAGGUUGCAUCUGGUUCUGUUUGGGUAAAAUCGCGUAUUUGCCGCUCGCUCAACAGACUCAGAUAGUACAGUGUCAUUAGAAAAAGCAAACUGCACACAUGGAACCUUAUGUGUUCUUCUGGCAGACAGCGUCUCUAUUGGUGGAUAUCUCUGAAUUAGUUUAAGGCGAUACAUGUUAUGUCCACUAGAGAAACAACAUUAUGAGACACUCGCCUUUGUUUGGAACUGCCUUUGUUGUCACUGAUAUGGACAGAGUUACAUGCUUCUCUACUCUUAGAAGUCUUUCGUUCCGAAUCUCGGGACGAGAUUCUUUUAAGGGAGGAGGGUUGUAACACCCUAGGUGUUUAUAUUCCGCUCGACAACGAGUAUGGAUUUAAGCAUGUAAUAUCAGUGGGUAAAACGGAUGCUAAAAUUUUAAUCAUCUUCGCCUAUCGCGAUUUUAAUAUCGCAUCUGUUCCGUCUGUCGCGAGUUCGACAUCAUUUUUAUCUAUUCGGGCUCGUCCUAAAUUUUCGUAAUAUUCGGAACAUCGUCAUUCCGGAAAUCGGUGCGUCCGAUGAUUAUUUAAAAUUUAUCGCUCGCGCGAAUACGAAUUCGGAAGCCCGACCCACUCGGAUGAUUUUAUCCCGAACAAAUUAAUUUGGACUCGACGACUAAAAUGUUCGGGGCAAAAUAAUCUGAAUCGCGUAUUGUCCGAGAAAAAUCGUGCGCGAGGAUAUGAUCCAAUUUAUCCUUCAGCACGCUGUUUUGACGACGAAAUCGCGUAUACAUUAGUGGAUCUGGUUUCGGCUAAUUUCGGUCGGAUCAUGCAGAGCAGAUUAAAAUACCGAAGCCGAACUCGUUUUAAUCUGGUCCGUUUACACCGUGCCCAGACUAGUCACGAAAAUUAUCCAAACGAGGUUUAGCCAGAACCAUCUAAAUUGUUGUUUAUCUGAUUUUUCCGUUUCUUGAUUCGAAAAAUGAAGUGUGUACCUGGUUGCCGUAUAGCGCGUCGACUCUUUGUUCAUCGCUAAAAAUCAUGAUCUAAAACAUCUGCAAUUUUAUUCAUAAAAUAAACAGAAAAUGGGGAAAAAUCUGAGAAAAAUUCCAGCUGCUUUCUCUCCGAUUUUUUUCACCGCCCAUGACAUGCUUUACUACACUCCCGUGCAUCUCUUGUUCCUGCUUACCACGAGAUGAAAAUACCCCUGCUGCUUUCCAGCCUUUCGUAAGUACUAUAUGGAGAAAUGGUCAAAAGAACAAAUAAAAGGUGAAUGCGAUAGGAAAAGAGAGGUUCUCCUGAUAUUUUUCUUCUUCGGCUGCCUUAUCCUCUUCUUCUUCCAGCCAUCGUCUACAUCCGUCGCUGGAUUUUUUUUCCCCUGCGCCGCUCAUCUGCUGUUCUUAUCCCAUGCCGCCGUUCGCUGGCCGCGUGUACUCUGGGGUCGUCGUGCUGGCCGCCUCCCUCGUCUUCUCCUCAGGCCCUCCCGCGCUCUCCCUGCCUUCUGCACGCGCGCAGCUCGCCCCAGAUCCUCCCAGCCAUGACGCGCGCUUCCCUGUGCCCCGCGUUCCUUCUCUGCACUGCUUCCUCUGCUCCAUCUUCAAGCACGCCGCGCUCCAAAUCGCCUGCUGUUCCUCUUCCCCAGCCAUGGCCGCGCCUGGCUCGCCGGCGUUCAGGCCGCGGCUUCCUCCUCCAACUCCGGUCGGCCAAGAGCCUAGCUGCCCCCUUGCUUCUCUCCCUCCAUUUCCCAGCAGCGCCCUGUCCCUGUCGAAGCCCUUCUAUGGCGCGCGUGGAUUUCUCCUCCUCCAUCCCCAGCUAGCCUGCGAGCUCCUCCCUCCUCCCUGCAUCCAUGGAUCUCGGCGCCCAUCUCCAUGGCUCGCCCUGCGUCCAGCCGCCGCGCCCGGUUCCGAGUCCCUUUCCUGGCCGAGUUCCCUGCUCCAUCUCUGCCCUCUGCCGGCGCUCCAGCUCCUCCAUCCAUGGCCAUGCCUGCUGCUCGUCGGUGCUCGCCGCGGGAGACGGCGCUUGGUCGCCCAACCUUCCUGCUCCUCCCUGCUGUCGUGUCCCUGGCUCCUGCUCCACUCGUUGCGUGCGCCUGCGCGCUGCCCAGAUGGCCGUCUGUCCUUCCGUGUCACGCCUAGCUCCAGCUCGGUCUCUGCUCGAUGCCCAGCGUCGCGCAGCACGGCUCGGCCCGACGGCAUAGAGUGUCUCGUCAUCGCCGGACUUGUCUCGCCGACCAUCGUGGCGUUGUUAUUUCCUGCUACGCCGUGACAUCGUCGAGCUCCGGUGUUUAGUGUCGAGGUCGCUGCGUCGUUGUCGCUCUGACUUCCGUGUCCUCGCGCGGUAUGCGGCGGUAGUGUUCACAUCCGCGGCAUCAGCAUCCCCAUCGCCGUUGAACUCCCAGACAUGUUCCUCUCUGUUCGCUUGUCCUCAGUUCCGGUCUGAUCUCGCGCGCGUGAUUUUGAAACUCUGCGCGUUCGUCGUGUCGCGAUGUGUGCCGAUAUUCUCUACCGGCAGACCUCGCCAUCAACCAUGUUCAAGUAAUUGCUGGCCCCUCAGACCCGGCCAUUGUUUGCCGCGGAACCACUGUUGGAUUAAUUUUUAGCUUCCCUCGCGCGGCUCUUUGGAGAUAAUCUCCUCACCGGCUGUCGCUCCCAAUCUUCAGCUCAUCGACUCACCGUCGUGUUUCUUGUUUUCCCUCGUCGGUCGGCCUCGCCGUGGCUAAGUAUGUCCGCCGUGUUAUGUGCUUCGGUCUUUGGUCGCUGCCUCUUGCUCACCAUCCCCUAUUCGAUCUCGUCGUCAAGCUUCGCCUCAGCCUUAGCUCGUUGGUCACGCUCGUCAGAUGUGCGACCGAGGACUUCAGCUGAAGGCCGUCGUCAGGCAACUACCAAGUCGAGUUGUGAUGUGGUGCGAUAAUUAAUCACGUGAUGCGGAAGAUGACUCAAGUCGACCCCAAGCGCGGGCUACUCCGCAUGGAGAUGCUGAUGAAUGAACCUGCCUGAUCAAGUGUUAGGAAAAGGAUGAUCGUCAAGUGAUCGACGUCUAACAAACACUAACCUAGUGUUUCUUCCAGGCAAGCCCCGGUGCAUUUGCCCCUUCCUUGUGUUUUAAAUGCUUUUUCACCUUAUCUGAUGCAUUAGGUGAUAGGAGUUGUGUGAUAAACAAUUGAUGCAUUACCAUUCCUUGGAAACUCCUUAAUCCCAGUUUUAUAAAAAGAACUGAUAAUGCUUAGCCCUGCUUAGAAACUGAAAAAUCAUUUGUUUUCAAAAAGAAUGAUUGUGGAACAUUGGUUAUGGGCCUUUCGUUUCAAAAAUCAAAGCAGACUUAUGGUGAUGAUUCCACUUCGGCCGGAGUGGGUUCAUCAUUUGGAAAAGAGUACCCCUGCCGGGUACCAAAAAUGGGAAAAUGGUUUGAAUACAUCUAGACCAGACGCUGAGCAGAUGUGGUCGCCCGUCUGUGUCGAUUAAGGAUCGUUCGAUGUAGGCCUGUUGUGGUGGAGACCUUGCAACUAGCCACAUGCUCCGGUAAGCCUGAACCCGGCUAUUCCAUACGUGAAAAGACAACCGCGCACUGGGCGUGGGAGAUGGGGGGAGUAGCGUGUACCCUCCUGGCUAGAGGCUGGAUGGAGGAGUACUGUGCUCCCGGGUAGCGCGGACCGGUUCACGUUGUGGAGGAUCCGUGGGAACGGUUGACAUAUGCAAGGGUUAAGUGCUACAUAUGUCGUGUGGUUAGGGAUCCCCAGCUGGGUAUAAUCGUUUCGAAUCGUCGUUGCUCCUCGGUCAUGGAGACUCUACCCUCCGACCACUCAUCGUAGUUGACAAGUGAAAUAUGAAUUGGCUAAAAGAAAGCUAGACCAGGACAAGUGGAUGCUCUAGAUUAGGCAUAUCUAGAUUCAGGAAAAAUACUAAACUUGUGAAGUAAAAUUUUAGCAUAAGGAUUUACUACUAGUAAGCUCUUCUGCAAAACAGAGUCUUUGAUUCUUGAUAAGCCACACCUUGAAUCCCUCUAGCCAGCAUACCCUUGAGAGUCUUUUCUUUAGUCGGGUAAGUCUUGCUGAGUAAUUCUAUACUCAGGGUUUUAUUCCCUGUUGUUUUUCAGGUUAUAGUUUUGUGCUGUUGUUGAUGGUGUUAAGUGCCGGUGGGCUUGGUCUUCUUAUAAGUCUAAGUAAUUCUUCUAUACUUCUUAUUGAGGAUGGUCACAUGAGCUAGCAUAUAUUUCAAACUUACAAAUAAUUUAUAACAUCUCAAAGUUAUUCCUUUGAACCACUUUUGUAAUCACUCCGAUAAAUACAAUGUAAACUUGUUGUAACUUGUAAAAUUUGGUAAUAAGAUUUUCCGCUGCAAAAUGUUGGUGUGUGAUUUGUGUUUACUUAGUCUUGCGAUCCUGGUUGUAAGUGGUUUAUCCGGGGUCCUUGGGACACUCGGACGGAUCCUGUUAAGUUAUCUGGUGCACAUGCAUAGCUGUCUGAGGUCUUUGAGACAAGGACAGGUGCAUGUGGGCCCAAUAACUUGGGAGGUUCUGCCACAGCUGGUAUCGGAGCAGGAUUAAGUAUAUACGGUCACAUACGUAUUUUCAAAACAAAAGUUUUGGUUUCGAAAAACCUAUUUUCAACUAAACACAUUGUUUGGCUUUGAAAAACAGUUUUGAAAAACUAUAAUGCUAGCGACAUCCUCUAUUAAGCCCUAAAUUAAGGACUAUUAUGUGGCUUAGUUUAAAAACCACUAACCCACAACCGGGUGGGUAUUGCAUAUAUGUGUAUUGUUAUUUUUGAGGCCAUUCAGUUCUGAAUGGAUCAACGCUCAGGUAAGGUGAGAUGUGAGAGCAUGACCGAACAACCGUCGGUCUAGGGAAGUGCUUAAUUGUGGCGCUUGAUUAUAUACAUGUUCCACAUAUGUAUAUAUGAAGGCUGCGA